UCGUGGCACCGUCCCCCGAUCGCGUUCGUACGUCCAAACCGCGUAGCGCCACCGUCUAAGCAACACAACAAACAUGGCGUCUCCGUCAUCCUCACUGAUAGAUCGGCUCGACAAACAGGGCAUACCCAAGUCGAAGAGAAAACUCCAGAAACAUCUACGCAGCGCAGGGCUGGCCUACAUAUCCAGGACGGGGAAGCUGAUACCCGCGAAGAAGGUUGCAGAGGAACUCUGCCAGUGCCCCCAAAAAUGCGACGAACGAGUACCAAGAGAGGCGAGGGAGCGCCUAUUCUACCACUUCUACGGCCUCGGCGAGGCAGACGCCCAAAACCACUUCCUGCGCCAGAACAUGGACCUGAGGGCGCGCAUGAACAUACCAGAAUCCACCGAGUCCGGCAGGCCGCCUCGUAGGAUAACCUGCAAGUACCUGGUGCCCCUGCUGCCCUCCAUGGACCACGUCGAGGUCUGCCAGAAGGCCUUCGUCAGCGCUUUCGUCAUCACCACCAAGCGGGUGCGACUCCAGCGCGAGAAGCUCAUCUCCAGCCUCGGCCUCAACAGCUACAGCAGCCACAACAGGAGCGCCAAGAGCCAGGCGGCAUCUCCACCGCCCCCUCAACCUCCUGUUGAAACCAACAACAACAACGUCAAGAGAAUCACCCAGAUGCCUUCAACGCCCUCCGCCGUCCGUCAGCAGGAACUGCAGGACCAGCAGGAGCGCACCUGUAAAAUCCUGCGGCAGCAGGAGGACUCCGAGAUGCCGGACGCGGGGGAAGACAACGAACCAAAGAAUUUCCAAAUGUCCUUCAUACAGCAGCUCAGGGGCACGCAGAAGAGGAAGAUCAAGCAGUUGGUCGACAACCCUUUGAUACCCCUUGGGCUGUUUUUACCAGACGGAGUUACCAUCGCCCCUGUCACUGUGACAGCAGACCACGACAGGGACAUAGCUAUAGUCAACAACUUCUUCUCCAACCAGCUGUGGAAGCCCGAAUACAUCGGGACGUACUCAUGAGGAUGUCUUAACAUUUACGCCUUAGCCUUAUUUUUCUACCUGAUGACCACCGUUUGAUGUACUUACUAGGAUAAUUUUUAAGAAGAUGAAUUUAUAUAUACAUAUAUACGAAAUUUCACAAUUUAAGAAAGAGGAAUUACCUAUACGUAUUGUUAUUUAUAUUUAUAUACGUCAUAGUUUAUUAUAUACGGAGACUCUAUUGAUCGUUUUCAAAUGAAGAUGUUUUAUGUUUUAUAAAUAUAUAUAUUAAUUUUUUAGUUAAGAAAUGUUAACUCUUAUAAGAUUAUGCCUGUGAUCUUGAAAAAUGGAAAUGCCUUAUGGUUUUAGUUAUAGCGAUCGUGGGUACCUAAGUCAAAAUAAAAAAUUUAUUGUUGUAAUA